UGAAUUAGGUUGAAUGUGAUUAGCACAUCCAAAUUUUUUCGGAUCUACUCCAUUCGAUAUCUAUCUGGUAUUUACUUUACUCCAUGCACAGUUGCAAGAAAGCGAUACUGCUUUUUACGAGUAUCUGGCUACCAGUAUCAAAACACAUGACUUCCAGUCCUCCAGCUAAAAAAGCUUGUAUAGAAAUGAAGAUUGGAACUCACAAUGGGUCAUUCCAUUGUGAUGAAGUUUUAGCUUGUUUCUUACUUAAACACCUGCCAACUUACAAAGAUGCUGAAAUAAUCAGAACAAGGGACCAGAAGGUACUGGAUACCUGUGAUAUUGUGGUAGAUGUAGGUGGAGUUUUUGAUCCAAGUAAAAACAGAUAUGAUCAUCACCAGAAAACUUUCACAGAAACUAUGAAAUCAUUGUUACCAACAAAGAAAUGGACAACUAAGUUGAGCAGUGCUGGACUUGUGUAUUGUCACUUUGGGAAAGACAUUGUAGCCAGUAUCUUAGAAAAGGGACUGACUGAUCCAAUAACAGAGACCAUCUUUGACAAAGUUUAUGAACAUUUUGUUGAAGAAAUUGAUGCCAUUGACAAUGGGGUAAAUCAGUUUGAUGGUGAACCUAGAUAUCAGAUCACAACAACACUAAGCAACAGAGUAAGGAAUCUCAAUCCUAAUUGGAAUGAAGAAAAUGCAGAUGAAAUGGUGUGUUUUCUGAAGGCAAUGAGAGUGGUAGGAGAUGAGUUCAUGGACAGAGUUAUGUACUACAAGAAAGCCUGGUUACCAGCUAGACAGUUGGUUGUUGAUGCAAUAGAGAAAAGAAAAGAGACAGAUCCCAGUGGUGAGAUUAUGGUGUUGUCAUCAGGCGGCUGUCCUUGGAGAGAUCACUUAUUUGAUAUUGAACAAGAACAAAAUAUAUCACCGCCAAUCAAAUUUGUCAUUUACGCAGAUAGUAAUGGAAACUGGAGAGUUCAAUGUGUUCCUGUUAGGAUUGGCUCGUUUGAAAAUAGGUUAUCACUCUUAUCAGAAUGGCAAGGUGUAAGAGAUGAUGCCCUCUCAAAACUGAGUGGAAUUCCAGGCUGUAUAUUUGUUCAUGCUUCAGGAUUUAUUGGAGGAAAUAAAACUUAUGAAGGUGCAAUGGAAAUGGCGAGGAAAACAAUGAAAGAUAGAGACUCGAAAGCGAGUUGAUGUAUUUGAUAGUCUGAUCUGAGUUUACGAGUAUUGGAUUUAAUGGCAGCAUAAUGUAUGGUUUAGAUUAUUGGAAUCAUAUUGAAUGUCAGUAAACAACUUCAUAAAGGAGCAGCCUCAUUUCCUGUUUUGUAAACAAAUGAUACAUUAUGAUCAAAGAGUAAAAAGUCAGAAAGAGGCUAACAAAGUAUUUUCUGUUUAAAUGUUUUUCAUUAUUGUUUUUGCUGUAAUUAAUCUGAAGUUUUUAUGAUAAAUAAGUGCUUUUGAGGUGAUCUUCCAAUUAUGAAUAAGACAGUUUACGGUAUUUUUUAUGAAAAUUUGAAAAUUCAUUAUUUCCUCUCGAGUCAACAGAACAAUCUUGGGAGAUUCUAACUGUGCAAAAAAUACACAGUACUUGAGGAAUUUCAACUUAUAUAGUAUCCAUAUUUAAUGUGUAAAGAUUUAUUUUGUUUCUACCUAUUAUCUAUGGUGGAACUAUUUUUUAUGUAAGAUCAUUUAAGAAAUUUUCAUAGUUUGUUUCAAUAUUAAAAAAUAAAGUUUAAAUAUGAUCUGAUGUUUAAAUGUUAAUUUUGUAUGCUAAAUGAUAUUUUCCUUUGAAUACCUGUUGUAUGUAUGUUAUGAAUAAAGAAGGUAUGUAAUAAGCCCUCUACAUAAUUUUUCUGUACAUAGUAUGUCUGCUGUAAUAGGUACAAUUUGAAAAUUCCUUUGGAUUGUUUUGAAGCAAUGUUUAUGUUAGCAAAAAUAUGAAAAAAACAAGAUACGUGUGUUGACUGUCAUGUGGGCAGAACUCUUUUCUAAGUUUUUUCCAUUCAUAAUUUCGAUUUCAAACAUUGCACUUUAUGCACCAGUUGCAACAUCUAUAUAGUUGGAUCUUAGUAUCAAUUAACCACAACAAUCCAGAAAAUAAAUAUAAGUUAAUGGAUUAAUGAGUUAUAUGUUUGACAUUUUUGAAACUUGAAUAUAAAAAAUAUCAUUUAUUUUCUAUGAUAAAUGCAAAUAAAGAAGAAUUGGCAAUUUAUUAUAAUUCUAAUUAUUCUGAUUUUAUGUUAAAAAGGAAAAACACCUCCAAUAAACAUUUGGUCUGAUGA